AUGAACUCAGAAAUCAAGGAAGAAGUUCCUGUGCAUGAGGAAUUCACUUUAUGUGGUGGAGUUGAAACCCAGGUUCUAAAAUGUGGGCCCUGGACUGACCUCUUUAAUGAUCAAAGUGCCAGCAGGCCCAAGCUGCUCAUUUUCAUUAUUCCUGGUAACCCGGGAUUUUCUACCUUCUAUGUGCCCUUUGCAAAGGCUUUAUACUCUUCAGUAAACAGACGCUUCCCAGUUUGGAUCAUCAGUCAUGCUGGGCAUGUUCUGGCCCCCAAAGACAAGAAGAUUCUUGCAGCUUCGGGCGAUCCAAAUGCUCAAGAAAUUAAGGACAUCUAUGGACUCCGUGGUCAAGUAGAACAUAAGCUAGCUUUCCUGAGAACUCAUGUGCCAAAGGAAACCAAGCUGGUGGUCAUCGGCCAUUCCAUAGGCAGCUAUAUGGCCCUUCAGAUUCUGAAGCAUGCGCCUGAGCUCCCGAUAAUUCGCUCCUUUCUGCUCUUUCCAACAAUUGAGCGAAUGUCCGAGUCACCCAAUGGCAGGAUUGCCACUCCAUUUUUGUGCUGGCUUCGAUAUGCUCUCUAUGUUUCUACCUACUUACUACUUAAGCCAUGUCCGGAGACAGUCAAGUCCUGGCUGAUCAAAAUGGGCCUUCAGAGGAUGAACGUGCAGAGUGAAUUUUCGGUCCUGAGUGUGUUGGAGCCAUUCUGCCUUGCUAAUAUUGCCUACCUCGGGGGCCAGGAAAUGGUGCAGGUGGUGAAGAGAGACAACGAAACCAUAAAGGAACACUUAUCUAAGCUUACGUUUUACUAUGGAACUAUAGAUCCUUGGUGUCCAACAGAGUACUACGAAGACAUAAAGAAAGAUUUCCCGGAAGGAGAUAUUCGGCUCUGUGAGAAGAAAAUAGCUCACGCUUUCAUCCUCCGUUCGUACCAGGAAAUGGCUGAUAUGGUCGCGGACUGGCUGAAGGAUGACCUGUCCAAAGCGGACGUCGCAACAUCAGGAAGCGAGGACUGA